GGAGGGCAACCACUGUCAGUAUAUAGAUGAAGAAAAAAGCUCAAAAAUUUGGAUAUCAUAUGAUAACCUACCACUCAAAUUCAUCAUGGACUUUCAUACCCACAAAGGAAAUUUUUUAUCACCUGAAUUUUCAAUAUUUGGGGUUAUCAUGACUACUUAUGCUCGGUGAACUGGUGAAGUAUCCAGAUUUAAUGACUUAUAUUAUUAUGAUUAUCAGAGGUUCUAUCGAACUAAUGCAUUGAUAAACUAUAAACUAAUAAAUGGUAAUGGGUUGAGUUGAAAAAAAAGGCAAAUCAGAGGGCUGGAUUGAUUAGGCUUGUGUUAGUUGUGUUGCACCUUCAGUUGAAGAUUCAAUUUAUGCAAGCUCAGUUCUGUUCAUCAAUGUGAACAUUUUCUUUCUGGUAAUGAAAAGGUUCCACUUCAUAUGAAAAUUUACAUAGAUAAAAAUGUUAUAGGGUUUCAGUUUAAUCACAAACUGGGGUUCCACUUCACAUACAAAAGUUUCUUUCCUCACAAUGUUUUCAUUACAGGAUCCCUCUUCAUGUUGAAAAAAAAGAAAAACAAAAUUCAAAUUAUUGAAAUUAUAUUUGUAUAGCUUCAUACUUUUGCUAAUUAGAUCAAUUUGAUCAAUUACAGUGAAGCUUUGAAGCUUUUGACGCUGCCCGACGCUUCAAUAUUCAAGCUUAUUCAUCAGCAGUAGCAAUACAACUUUAUGCCGGUGCGGGUAAUGAACUAACCUUGAUUCAUGAAAACUAUCAUAGUUAUACCAAUUACCAACUCAGUUGCUCAUUUUUAGUGAAAUGUUCGAAAAUUAUUAAAGAGUCAUUGUUACAAUGAAAAACCAUCUGUCAAGAAAUCAAGAUAUUUAGUGCUGUGAAAAAAUUCAAAUUGGAAUCCUUUACAUUGGGUUGUUCAUAGCCGUCUAACAAACGUAUCUUCGAGGAAGGAAAGCAAAGCAAAAAGCGAAACGAUUUUGUCAUCGAUCCAGUCGUUACCAUAUUCUUGUUGAAUUACGCAGCUGCAGCUCUCAAGUUUCCAAUUCUGCGACUAAAUUGUUUGAACGUUUGAGAGAUUUGCUGAUCGAAAAGUGUUUCAACAUUCAACUAUCAAGAUGUUUUCCAUUUGCAAAAGUAACGCACAUCUAUCGAAGCAGUUAUAUUAUUUCCACGGAGGUAACGCCAUAAAGAUAUUUCCCAAUUUCGGAGGUUGUAAUUACUUCUCAGAAAAAUCAUAUCACAUGCAAGAAACCGAAACAACUGUGAUUUCUAGCUCACAAGAUCAUAUUGAUUUUCCAAAGUUAGUUCAUUGUACUAAUUCCAAUGUGAAACAGGCAUUCCUUAGCUUGUCAAAUAACGCUAAUUUUUCCAAGAAAUUACGUUACAUGCACGCGGGAAGUAACGAAAAGAGAUACCCAUACUUCAGAAGACACGCUGAUUUCUCCAAGCAGCUAAACUUUACGAUUAAAGACGAAAACUUGGCCGAGGAAAUUGGUAAUUUGGUGGAAGAAUGGCUCUUGCGUUUCGAUUCUUUGGGCAGAAUGGAGGCAACUGGAAUUUCCUGCACGUUCACUAAUUUAUUGAAACUCAAUGUUUUCAGUACUGAAUGGAGUCCUGAAUAUCGCGAAAAUUUCAAACGGUUAAUCGUUAGAUUGACUGGAAAAGGAGACCAGUUAUUAGAUCCAAGUAGUCGAUUUUUUUCUAAAUUUAGUUCUCGGCAGAUUGAUAUUAUUUUGAACGCGUUUGCCAAAUGGAAUGUGUUGAAUAGCAAUGUAUGGGAAGGUCGUGUUCAAAUUAAUGACCGGAAAAUAGCCAAGAUUGAUUUAUUUAGAUCUGUAAUCAAUGGUUUGAUACGUCGAGGAACUUGGAUACUGGAGAAUGAAACAGCUGAUCGAUUUGAUCAUCUAAGUAUCACUAUUUGUCUAAGUGCUCUAUCGAAAUGGAAUAUUGACAAGCUUGAAGGGUCUAAGAAAUUCAUCGGUUGUUUAGUAAAACAAGGCAUUAAAGUUAUUCAUCAGUUCAAUUCUUUAGCUGUCACAAACAGCCUAAGUGCUUUGUCCUGUUGGAAUAUAAGUGAUUUCGAAGGUGCUAGAGAAUUCAUCGAACUGCUGCUUGAACGAGGAAGUUCAACGAGUGAUACAUUCACUUCUUCGAGUAUCGCCAGAACCUUGAACGCAAUGUCCAAAUGGAAGAUCGAAGAAUUUACAGGAGCCAAGAAGUUCGCGAUUCUCUUAAUGAAACGAGGAACUUUGGUGGCGAAUAACUUCAAUUCUGUGGAGAUGGCACUAAGUUGGAACGCACUGUCCAAAUGGAACAUCGAAGAGAUGCAAGACGCUAGAGGUUUUAUUGUUUCGUUGGUCAAGUAUGGAAACUCUAUCAUCGAUACGUUCAGUAACCAAAAUAUCACUAACAGUUUGAAUGCGUUUUGCAAAUGGAAUAUUUAUGAAUUACAAGGUUCCAAAGAGUUCAUUGUUCGAUUAAUAAAACGAGGAAGCUUAACAGCCUGUGGUUUUGAUCCUCAAGCAAUUGGUAAUAGUUUGAACGCGUUGUCAAAAUGGAAUAUUCGCGAGUUGGAAGGAAGUAAAUAUUUCAUCGAACAAUUGGUCACAAAUGGAAUUGUAACAGCUGAUACAUUCGACUCGUUGAAUAUUUCUAGCUCUUUAAAUGCUCUUUCCAAAUGGGACAUUGACGAAAUAGAAAGAACCAGAGAAUUUAUUGCUCGAUUGAUAAAACGCGGUCGUUUGUUAAUCAAUAGCUUCACUUCACGGCGUAUCGCCAACAGCUUGAACUCUCUCAGUAAAUGGAAUAUUGACGAAUUCGAAGGAGCCAGAGAGUUUAUCAUUGAACUUUUGAAGCAUGGAAAUUCCUCAAUUGACGAAUUCAAUGCUCAAGCGACUGCUAAUAUUCUGAAUGCUCUGUCAAAGUGGGAAAUCGACGAGCUCGAAGGAACUAGAGAAUUCAUCGUUCGUUUAAUUAAACAUGGAAGUUCAACGAUCACCGGAUUUGAUGGCCAGAAUGUCAGUAAUUGCUUAAAUGCCCUCUCCAAAUGGAACGUCGAGGAAUUGGAAGGGGCUAUGGAAUUUAUUGCAGAACUGGUCAAACAAGGGAAUUCAAUUUCCGGUGAAUUCAAUUCGCAAACAGUUGUUAAUAGCUUGAAUGCCCUAAGUAAGUGGAAUAUUGUUGGGAUACAAGCAGCUCGAGAUUUUAUCGUCAAUUCUGUAACUCGUGGAAGUGCUAUCGUUGAUAAAUUUAGUCCUCAAGAAAUUUCCGUCGGUUUAAACUCUGUGUGUAAAUUCAACAUUUUUGAUAGCGAGAAAUGGAACGAUAAUCAGUUGAAAAACUUCAAAUAUUUCGUUAUCAAACUUGCUGAAAAAGGCACCGAAAUAUGCAGUGUGUUUACUUCUAGAAGCGUCGCUGAAAUAUUCGAUGCUUUUUCAAUACUGGACAUUCUGAGUAAAGAAAAAUGGACACCAGAUGAACGGAACUUGUUGAAGAAUUUCCUGGUCAGUCUUUUUAGUCUAGAUGCUUCGUGUAAAAAUUACACUCUCGUGGAGAUUUCAAUGAUAUAUAGAGCGAUAUCUGAUUGGAAUAUUCUUCAAGAUGAUGAAUUUGACUCGAAACAAGUUGAUCAGUUCAAAUAUUUCGUUAAUAAACUGACAAAUCGACUUCUCACCCUUGGAAAUGAACAGAAUUCGAAGGAACCUGACGUUAAUAUCAAAUUUGCCGUUCAGAUUAUCAAAGAUUUGCCUGAGCUCAAGUCUAAAAAUCAUAUUCUGUUUGAUAAUCGGUUACUGGUUUCGUUGAUGAGUUGCUUGAGUAGUAAUUUGGAGAAAUGCGGAUCUUCUCAUCUGAAGGAAGAUUUGAUUCAAACCAGUAUUUUGACUGGUUUGCUUGAUCUUUUAAAAAUUGUCAGUGAAUUGGAAGAUAGACAUGGUUUGGAAGGAGCAUUUGACGAGAGUUUGUCUAAAAUAUACAAUAAGGUGGUUGAGAUUGAUUUGAAUCAUAUUAAUGAAAUAGAAGCAUUAAUUUACGAAUUUAAUAAUUUACGUGUAAUUCGAGAUAUGCAGUUUUUGUCUGGGUGAAUUAAUGAAUUAUCGUUUUUGCUGUGAUAACAUAGGUUUGAAAAUUUCUUCAUUUAAACGUUUCAUUUUUUGAUUUCAGAGGAAUUGCUAUUUAAAAUAAUUGACGUAUCAAACACAUCUGAAAUGUACAAAAUUGAAAUAUUUUUUUCUGUUCUAUUCAAAUUGUUUUCAAUUGCCUGUGUUUUAUUUUUAUAGUGUACCUACUUUGUAAGUAUGUUUUCUUAACUUCCUGUUUUGUUAUUAUUCAACUGUUCGUCUUGUUGUAUUUAUUGUUGUUGUUGUUGUUUAUUAUUAGCAUUUUCCGGAUGUAAUUUUCAAUAAAUCGAUUGAAAUUGGAA